AUGUUAUUGCCCGAAAUCAAAAUGCAAAGCCCUAUCCCCCGGUCUGGUGCGGACCGCGGCCUCGGCCAUAGCAAUUCAAUCAGCUAUCCCAAGACUCGAGUGAGGGCGACGCGUUCAGUCAACCCUUCUCACGGCGGUAGUGAUGUCCAGAAGCGCGGGAAAACUUCCAUGCAGAAUCAGACGCUCAAGUCAACGUGUCCGUUGGAUAUUAUUGUCGAUCACCUCAACGCGCCCAGAGAAGCAAAGCGUGUACAGUCGAAAUACGUUAGCGGUGGUUCCGGAGAUGAGAGCCGUGUUGUUUGUCCCUUUCACAAGUAUGAUCCGAAAACCUAUCGGAUGUCUUCGUGUAAAGGAAAGGGAUUCAAUGAGCUUGCCAAGAUGAAGGAUCAUUUCAAACAAAUUCAUGGCUCAUCACAGGAGGUUCACGAUGCCGACCUCAAUUUCAAGAAGAAGGAAUAUAGUAGUCUGGACACUCUAGGGGCUAAGUGGAGAUUGGUCUAUAAGCGUCUUUUUCCUCACGUGGCCUCGAUACCAUCUCCUUACGCCAACGAACAAGAAGAUUCUGAUGCCUUUCUGCACAGAGUUGCCAAAAAGGUGGCCUCGAUAAGGAAUAGCUACAGUCUUGAAGAGCUCAUCAUCAAAAUCGCGCGAGACCUUAAAGAGAAUCGGUCUGAAAGGUCAGCAUCGGUCGACUCGGCGGUAGGAUUCGAGUUGGAAGAUUUGAGGGUCACAAAGGUGGACGAGCCUAUAACGCCGCCACCUGGGCCCUACGAAGGCUCCUCUCUGAUAAUCGUUGAUGAGGCGUACAGUGAGCAAAGUCCCAAAUUUACACAGAAAGCUAUUGGGGAGCCUCAUGCGCACUCACAAUCAGCAGCGCCCUCGUGGCCGUACCAGUGGGGCUGUAUCGCAGGAAUGACUCCAGCGGACGACAGGGCACGAGACAAUGGAUUUCAGCCUUCGCAGGCUAUUCCUGAAGCUAGCUUCACGCCGUCAGAAAAUGACUCAUACUUUGAUCUAUCGCACGAACAUAUACCUCAGUCCGGUUCGGAUACCGUCACAGUCAGCGCGCCAUUCGCAAGCCAAGGAAACGCUCUACAUGAUCUGAACAAUGACCUAUAUGCUAUAUCCAGUCACCAAACCAACGACGAUUUUGUGUACCAUGGUUCUACUAUUGCGCCGAUGGCUCACAAUCUAUCCAAAGAGAGUUUCCUUGAAGAGCAAAGCCAAGUAUGGUCAUCAAUUACAAACGAGUACCUCAACGGUCUCAACGAAGGGUUCGGCACCGAAGACUGGGUUCAGACGAGCAUGCUUGGCGAGGAGGUAGGGAGUUAUCAAGAUCAGGAGGUCUUUACUGGCGCAUGA